AUGUUACACAACGCCCUGAUACGCACCCAUCACAUCACCUCCCGCAAAAAGGUCUCUGCCUUGAAACGAGCCGCGGAUACCUACAACUGCUUCGUGCUCCUGCGGUCGGGCGGCUGUCCCGGGAUUAUGUACGUUGAAGCCAGAGAGAAAGAUGCCGUCGAGUCGUGGGUCAAUACGGUGCGGAAUCUGCGGUAUAAAGACUUUCAGCUGGUGGUGCGACCCGAUGUCAUCCAGCAUGAGAAUCGCAGUGAAGAGGACAACAGCUCUAGACAACAGAACCGACGUCGGGAUGGCGAUUCCCAUGAGGGAAAGAGAGCGUCGGGUAUAGGCUUGUCGGAGGUUGACAGCGUCAAGGAAUUUGGGAAUGCUAUGCAGCAGCGUGGUGUUUGGCAUUGGUGGAGGAAAGGUAUGGGGUACACUUGA